AUGGACAAUUCGCAGAGACUCCUGGACUAUCUGGGGGAGGCGCCUCCGGGCUUUCCUACCAAUUCAACACACAAAACACCUAACACGACAAACGACCAAUAUAGUUGGAGGCAGAUCAACAGCGUUGGUCAAUGGUCCGAAUUUAUCUACGUCCGUAUUAUCCAGCGUUACGGCACCUUACUUCACCAAGUGCGAGUUGUGAGAGAACCAAUCCCAUACUCUCCUCCACAGCCUAUAAACACCGAGCUGAUGUUCGCUGUCCGUUUCGCUACCUAUGUUCAAAGUCGAUUACGCCAUGCGCUGCGAGCUGGUUUGCAGAACCCUGCACCUCAGCUUGCCAAUAUGUAUCUUACUCCCAUCACAGUUGACACAGGUGAUGCAACCCAGAUUACCAACAGCUUACGACCCGAUAUCUCUUUUUUCCGGGCGGGCAGUACACCCAGCUCGUCCCCAAACCGCUGCCCAGGAUGCCUGAAGGUGUCACGGAAAUGGAGAUCUGACUGGGGCAAAGCAGCGUCGCAUUCAGACCGCACGGAGUAUUUGCAGGUUCUGUCACAGGUCAACUUUUACAUGAAACAGCUCAACACGCGUUAUGGCUUUGUCCUAACUGAUGCUGAAUUGGUCCCUAUUAAGAGACUUGAUGAAGAUGGCAGCCUGUUGGUAGCACAGGCGAUACCAUGGGAAACAGAAGGGCCUGGACGUUUGACCAUUCUUCUGGGGCUUUGGUAUCUCGGGAUGUUGGUGGCGGCGGAUAAUGAAUGGCAGUUUCCAUAG